AUGCUGCGCCAGGUGCUGUGCGUGCUGGCCCUCGCGCUGUUCUGUGCGUCCCUGUGCGUGGCUGCAACUGGUGAUGCAGAAGCUCCACCUUCGCAGGUUGCGGAGGGGCAAGUGGAGGGCGCAGCAACUCUUGCUCUGGAGGCCGCUGCAGCGGAGGCGAAAAAGGCCACAGCGGCGGCGAUCGCACUUGAUGCACAGAUGAAGGAGGCGGUGAAGGUAAUGGAGGCUGCAGAGAGUGCCUUGAACGGGAUUGAUGUAGAAGCCGCAGAAAAAGCAGUUAAAGAGGCAAUAACAAAAGUGAAAGAGCCAGAGCCGCCACAAAAUAACGCACGAGAGAGGCUUNGAAGCCGCAGAAAAAGCAGUUAA